GCAGUGAGGAGGCAAGCUUUCCUUGGCUUAGGACUGUCAAGGAGCAAAGAGAGCCACCCUGGAUUCCACCAUGGACAGCCUCCUGAUGAAGCAGAGGAAGUUUCUUUACCACUUCAAAAACGUGCGCUGGGCUAGGGGCCGCCACGAGACCUACUUGUGCUAUGUGGUGAAGCGGCGAGACAGUGCCACCUCCUUCUCACUGGACUUCGGGCACCUUCGAAACCAGGCGGGGUGCCACGUGGAACUGCUCUUCCUCCGCUACAUCUCCGACUGGGACCUGGACCCCGGCCGGUGCUACCGCGUCACCUGGUUCACCUCGUGGAGCCCCUGCUACGACUGUGCGCGGCACGUGGCCGACUUUCUGAGAGGGUACCCCAACCUGAGUCUGAGGAUCUUCACGGCGCGCCUCUACUUCUGCGACAAGGACCGCAAGGCGGAGCCCGAGGGGCUGCGGCGGCUGCACCGCGCGGGGGUCCAGAUCGCCAUCAUGACCUUCAAAGAUUAUUUUUAUUGCUGGAAUACUUUUGUGGCAAAUCGUGAAAAAACUUUCAAAGCCUGGGAGGGGCUGCAUGAAAAUUCGGUUCGUCUGUCCAGACAGCUUCGACGCAUCCUUUUGCCCCUAUAUGAGGUGGACGACCUACGAGAUGCAUUUCGUACUUUGGGACUUUGAUACCAAGCUCCAAGAACGUCACGUAUCAAGAAAUAUCUCUGAAGAUUGUGGGUAAAAGAACGAUCCUUCAGGAAUUCUGUUUUUCUUCAACUCUCACUCUGAGUUUAGGGGAGAAGUAUUUAUAUAUGACUUUAAAAAGAUGUCUUUAAAAUAGAGAAGAAACGCAGACCCAUCAGGGUUAAUGCCGCAACUGGUGCAGGCUUUAAAGGCAACACUGCCCCCUACUGGGAAACGACAGAACUGCAGGGCCUGGGAGCAUCUUAACGUCAAUAUUGUUGACUUUUGAAACAGGAAGAAAGAAGAUAAAUGCUUAAAAGUAUGGUGAGAGGAUCAAAUGUUUUAUAACCAGUAUCCUUUAAUAUUUUAUUCUUUCUGAGUUUUCAGUGGUGUUAUUGAUAAAUUUUUCUACUCUUUUCCUUCGGGGUUCACUUUUUAAGUGAACAAACUUCUGUCAGGCUGUGAUCUAUAGAACUUCCUAAUGAGAUAAUCUGCGUGAUUGUACCCUCCAAACCAUCUCUUCAAAGCAUUAAUACCCAAGCACGUGCUGUAUGUACUCAUUGUCUGAAGCAUGUUUUUAUGUUUGUAAAAGAGGAUUUUUUUUCUUGGUAUGGAAUACACAGGGUCACAGGUUCUUGUAUAAUAACGGAUCUUAAAAUGAAUCUGAGGGCUGUGAAGAAGACACUCUAAAAGUGAAUUGAUGCCCCAAGUAACAAAUCUGCAAACAGAUCCUUUUAAAGUCACAGCUUUGAAACCACACAUUUCCCAUGUAACUAGAGAAUGCUUGGAAGGCAGUUGCUUGAAUGUUGAGGAAAGGAAAAUCUAUUCUCUCUGGUGGAUCUUUGAACCUCAGCGAUGCCA